GCUGACAGCGCCUCCGUCAUGUUCCUCCACCUGCCGCCGGCUGCAUGCUGACCGCCGUCUGCAGGAGACACAGCUGCUGAGAGCCUGGGAGCCAUGAAGGCAGUGCUGCUGCUGCUGCUGCUGCUGCUGCUGCUGCUGGCGGAGGCGUCCUCCAGGACUCACAGCAGCUGGUGUGAGCUGGGCUGCGACUGUCGAGGAGAUCUGAAGUUCACCAUCUGCUCUCGGGGGCUCUUCACCCAGCUCCCCUCCAGAGUGCCGCCCUACACCGAGCUCCUGGACCUCUCUGACAACCUCAUCUCCAUCAUCCCCGAGCGCUCCUUCGACAAGAACCGCAAGCUGCGCGUGCUUCUGCUGCAGAACAACAACAUCAGCGUGGUGCAGCCCGGAGGCUUCUCCAAGCUGGAGUUCCUGCAGAAACUGGACCUGAGGUGGAACCGGAUCUCCGUGCUGACCGAGGGGUUCUCCGCCGGGCUGUCCUUCCUGCGGGAGCUGCAGCUGGCUCACAACCGGCUGACGCGCCUGGACAGCCGCAGCUUCCUGCACCUGGAGGCCCUGCAGAGGCUGAACCUGAGCGCCAACAGCAUUCGCUCCAUCCAGGUCAGAGCGUUCGCUCCGAUGAGCAGCCUGCGGAAGCUCCACCUGCAGGACAACCGGCUGACCUCUCUGCGCAGCGGCAUCUUCUCCAUGCUGCGCUCCCUGGAGGUCCUCAACCUGGCCGGGAACCAGAUCAGCGACAUGGAGAUGGGCGUGUUCACACCGCUCACCAGCAUGUCCCUGCUCAACCUGGCUGACAACAACAUGUCGACGGUGUACUUCAAGACGUUCCUCAGCAUCCACUCCUACACGCACAUCCUGCUGGAGGAGAACCCGUGGAACUGCGACUGCGACCUGCAGAGAGUUUUCCGGAAGCUGCGCAGCAUCCAGAGGCUCUUCCUGGACGACUACUACAACCUGACCUGCGCUGAGCCGCCGGUGCUCAGAGACUACCGGCUGAUGGACGUGGACACGGAGCUGUGCCUGUCUGAGACCGUCACCGUGCUCAUCAUCACCUUCACUGUGGUGACCACCUUGCUGGCCGCCAUGCUGAUGGGCGAGAGGAAGAGGAAGAAGAAGAAGAAGAAGACGACGCACUGGACGCAGCAGGGGGAACAUUCUGAAGAGUCUGACUACUGAAUCUGUCUAUUUAAGUUUCUUAUUUUCUGGCAUUCUAGCAAUAUUUCCAGGAAACUGUUGCUCCAGUAAAUAUCUCAGGAACAUCUGCAUGGAUAGAGAUUUUCAAUUCUAAGUUCAUUUGUCUUAUUUCCCACAUGCCUCACACCGAAAAGAGUCUGAAAAAGCUUCUAAAAAAACAAAACUGUAGAGGAAAAAUCUGCUGCAACAUUUUCUUUACAGUAAAUGCAUUGUAUAUUUUCACUGCUUUAUUAGUGCAAAGGUUUUAUUUUCUCAUCUUAAAUGUUUGAAUCUGUAUAUUUUAGUUAUGUGUAUGCAUUGUGAUGCAUUUACACAUGUUUCUGAUGUGACAAUGAGUUUGUUAAACAUUAAAUGGGUGUUUAAUGUGACAUUUUAGUGACUUUAAAAUAUACUUUUUCAACACAACAUUUUGAAAGAGUCUUUAGCAGCCCCUGCAGGUCAAACAGAUGCAUUGCUUUUACAAUUUGAUGACAUUAGUUUUGAUAGAUGUAGCUUUAAAUGCAUUUAAUGUUUAUUAUUACUAUUAAUGAACUUGCUUUAAUACAACCAUUAUAUCACUCUAGGGACAUGUGCUUCAGUGGUAACAUUAUUUUCAUUUGUCUACUCUACUGGAUUUUUUUUACAGUGUUACAUGUAUCUGUGCAGAGUGAUUUUAAACGGAAUUAAUGGAAUGUAUUCAAUAUGUUUUCAUAAUGAUUGAUGGAAGUUCCCCCCUUGAACAGACAUGCUGGAGCCCCUCAGGCGGAGUCUCAUUGCUGCUUCAAAGUGAGAGGAUUUAGCACUGAAGGGGACCGGAUGUUCACAAAAUA